AGACCAGGAAUUUGCAUCCUGGGGGGUCAGGGAGGGGGGUCGUGGGAGGGUGGAGGAUGGCAGUGCAGGGGGCCAGAGUGGGGGUAGAAAUGGGCUGUCCUUCUCUCCUCUCUCCCUCUCUCUUUUUCUCUCUCCCUCCCCUGCAUGCAUUCAGCUGCUCCAGCUGUCGAUCUCCCCACUCACUCUCUCAGGGCCAUAGAGGCAGGAGCAGGACAGACAGAAGGACCACUUCAGCUCUUCAUGCUCACAACACACCAGGGACUACCACCACCAGCGGACUAGAACAGCACAUCGAGCACAGAGCAACAGGGACACAAACUAGGGACCUGAAGAUAGCAAGAAGAAGAAGAUUUCACACAGGAAAGAAGACUUGUCUAUACCACUGAACUGCUCUGAGCACCACAACAAGUCGGAAGCUUCUUUCAUCCUGACCUGAGGCGCCGUUACCUGUGUGACCCGCCGGCUGUGCCAGUGUGUGUUAACGCGUGCGAUCCUGUUCUAUCUGCCAGUCAGUACGUGAGCAUGCGGGGCGUGUGUGUGUCCAUCCUGUGUGUGUCUGUGAUCCUUCGCAGUGCUAUUUCACAGCCACCUACAGAAAGUGACACCUACACGGAAUGCACAGAUGGGUAUCAAUGGGACUCCCAGACUCAGCACUGCAAAGACAUAAACGAGUGUGAGACCAUUCCGGAGGCCUGUAAGGGUGAGAUGAAGUGCUUCAACCACUACGGGGGCUACCUGUGCCUCCCCCGCUCUGCCUCAGUCAUCCCAGCCCAGGACCCCCCCAGCCAGCCUGGGACCAACCUGGAGAGCACUGCCAGAGAGCCCUUCAACCCCUGUCCUCUGGGCUACGAACCCCAGGGAGACAGCUGUGUGGAUGUGAAUGAGUGUGAGAGAGAUGAACACGACUGCCAGCCCAGCCAGCAGUGCAUCAACACACCUGGAGCCUUCACCUGCCAGUGUCCUGAUGGUUACCGCAAGGUUGGCACCGAGUGCAUUGAUAUUGAUGAGUGCAGGUACAGGUACUGUCAGCAUCGCUGUGUCAACGUCCCCGGCUCCUUCUCCUGUCAGUGUGAACCAGGCUUCCAGCUGGCCGGCAACAACCGCUCCUGUAUUGAUGUGAAUGAGUGUGACAUGGGCGCCCCCUGUCAGCAGAGGUGUUAUAACACCUACGGUACCUUCCUCUGUCGCUGUGACCAGGGCUACGAGUUGGGGCCUGACGGCUUCGCCUGCAAUGACAUAGACGAGUGCAGCUACUCCAGUUACCUGUGCCAGUUCCAGUGUGUCAAUGAACCCGGGAAGUUCUCCUGUCAGUGCCCAGAAGGCUACCAGCUGCUGGGCACCCGACUAUGCCAGGAUAUAAAUGAGUGUGAGACCGGAGAGCACCAGUGUACUACAGGACAGACCUGUGUGAAUAUCCACGGUGCCUAUCAGUGUGUGGACACCAACCUCUGUCAGGACCCUUACAUCCAAAUAACUGACAAUCGUUGUGUUUGUCCUGUGACCAAGCCAGCCUGUCGAGACCUACCCUUCUCUAUCGUCCACCGCUACAUGAGCAUCACGUCGGAACGCUCCGUCCCCUCAGACAUCUUUCAGAUCCAGGCCACCAGCGUCUACCCCGGAGCCUACAACACCUUCCGUAUCCGCUCUGGAGACGACAACGGAGACUUCUACAUCAGACAAAUCAACAACAUCAGCGCCAUGUUGGUUUUAGCCCGGGCCGUGACAGGACCCCUGGAGUACACAUUGGACCUGGAGAUGGUGUCAGUCAAUCCCCUCCUGAGCUACCAGACCAGUUCGGCCCUGCGACUGUCCAUCUACGUAGGGCCUCAUGCCUUCUAGAGGAAGGGGAGAGAGACAGAAAGAGGGGGGGGGGGGGGGACAGUAUAAACACAAGAGAAGGAAAAUAGGAAACACAGAACAAUCUAGUAUUGAAAGGGGUCAGAAACAGAACAGUCAGAUAAUGUAACAUGAUGUCAAAGGUAACACACGACUCUGUCAAAUCCCAAUCAUUUGGGAAAGCUAAGACAGAGUGAGAUAAAAAAUACAUUGGAAUACUGCAUCAAUAACGUAUGACUGAUAAAUAUGAAUACUACGAAGUAGUUUUGAUAUACUGAACAUGUUUGCUCCCUGCCUCCUAGAGUAUCAUUCUCAACCGCUCCACGUUGCCCAUUACCCUAGUAACCUUUGGUACCAACCAAACACCCUCCAAUUGAAGAUCUAGAGAGAACCAAAAAACGUAUUACGUUGUCAUUGUAUCAUAAUCAUUCUCAUCCCGACUCUGUCGUUCCCUUGCUUUGAACAGACUCAUUCUCACUCCUAUGUUUUCGUGCUAUUCCCAUUCCUUUAUGACAGUUUCCCUUAUCAUCCAUGGACACGACUCAAUAACCACUCAGAUCAAUCCUCUUCAUCCGCCCUGUCGCUCCCGCAUCCAUCCCGCUCCUGAAUCAUACCUAGUCUUGGUGCUGAAGCUCUGACUCACUCACACACCGUUUGUAGCUUUGUAACGUUACAGAAAGCUGUAUCAGAAAGCUGAUACAAAAUAAAAACGAUAUACAUUUAAAUCACGUGUUAA